CUAGUGGAGGAAUCGCUGGCAUACCUGGGCAUAGAUGAGGCCGUUUGGCAGAAGUCUAAUAACAAUAACUAUUAUAACAUAUCGUUUGCCGUCGAUCUCGAAGACAGUGAUGCAGUCAUUCAAUACUUUAAGUCCAGAGGUGUCGGCAGUAAAAUGGGAUCCAGUAUUGGUGAAAAUGGAGAGAAGGAUACGAUGAGAAAAUUGAGUAAUUUUAAGGCACUUCAGAGCUCUUUCUUAAAGUCAGUAACGGCUCGGUUAACGGUGGCUCAGGUGGUCGAUAACGUGAGAAGUGGUGCUUCCCUGACCUUUGACUUUGUGUGUUAUCUCAUAUUUGCCUCUUGGAUCGCAGCCAUGGGCUUAUUGGACAACAGUGUAGUCAGUCUGGUGGCCAGUAUGUUGGUGUCACCGAUGAUGGGUCCGGUAAUGGCGAUGACUUUCGGCACAAUUAUAAAAGACGGUUCACUCCGACGGUUAGGGUUCAGGAAUUUAGGCGUUUGUUUCGCUAUAACUAUAUUAUUUGGCUAUUUCUUCGGUAUAAUUGCAUUGAAUUUCACGAAACACUGGAACGGAGACCAGGAGUGGCCCACAAAUAUGAUGCGGGAGAGGGGUCUGCCUCGGGUGGCAUGGGUGGGCACUUUAGUGGCCUUCCCAUCGGGCUGUGCCGUGGCCAUAUCAUUACUAUCGGGAAACGAGGCCUCACUGGUGGGGGUGGCCAUCUCCGUCUCAUUACUCCCACCCGCAGUCAAUGCAGGUCUCUUAUGGGCGUUCGCAACACUCAAAACCCUAUACUCUAUCGGGGAAUCGCCGGAAGAUAAAUGCUACUAUUCCCUGGGCAACUUGACUAAACCCCGGUGCUAUAAUAAUAUGCGGCCUUCGUUGAGACCGGAAGAGUUUUAUAUACCCUUUCAUAACGACAAUAUUGCCAUAGAAACGGCAAUUUUGGGCGCAUAUAGUCUUAUUUUAUCGCUUAUUAAUAUCACCAAUAUAUUUAUCGGAGCAUUGAUUUUGCUUAAGAUCAAAGAGAUCGCACCGUUAUCUACAAUGUCGCCAAACACCAGACGCUUCUUCCAGGAGGACAUCAAACUAGUGGAGGAAUCGCUGGCAUACCUGGGCAUAGAUGAGGCCGUUUGGCAAAAGUCUAAUAACAAUAACUAUUAUAACAUAUCGUUUGCCGUCGAUCUCGAAGACAGUGAUGCAGUCAUUCAAUACUUUAAGUCCAGAGGUGUCGGCAGUAAAAUGGGAUCAAGUAUUGGUAUAAUUCCCUUCUCUUUGUAUUGUUAUGAGGAAGAAUCGGAUCCUUUGGAUGAAAUAGAGCUCAAUGAAAAUGGAGAGAAGGAUACGAUGAGAAAAUUGAGUAAUUUUAAGGCACUUCAGAGCUCUUUCUUAAAGUCAGUAACGGCUCGGUUAACGGUGGCUCAG